GUUAUUUUAAGUUGCAAGUAACUUCCUAAUUCAUGAGUCUGAAUCCUCGAUGAUCUGCUGCACCGAUGGGUCGCUGUAUUUUCAUCGCUGUGUGGAUUUUUCAUGUGAUUGAACACAAAUUAUGAUUUUUAGAAGAAUAUUUCGGCUCUGUUGGUCCACAAUGCAAGUGAAUGAUGAUGAGGCCCUUAACUGCGGUGUGUUUGAUGUUGAAGAAAUGAAGACGUCAGUGAUGGAGGGAGAUUCUCUGACUUUACGCACUGCUGUUACUGGAUUACACAAUGACAAAUCCAAUUUUAUUAAAUGGUAUUUUAAUCUCAGUCUCAUAGCUCUAAUCAAUGGAGAUCUCAGUGAGUUCUGUACAGAUGUGAAGUGUGCAGGUGAUUAUAAUGAGAGAUUCAGAGACAGACUGAAGUUGAACAAUCAGACCGGAUCUCUCACCAUCAAGAACAUCAGAAUUACAGACUCUGGAGAUUAUCUACAACUGACCAUCAUCAACAACAUCAUUAAUGAGAAGACAUUCACUGUUACUGUCAAACCUGGAGUGUCUGGUGCUGAAAUGAAGAUAAAGUCGGUGAUUGAAGGAGAUUCUGUCACUCUACACACUGAUGAUACUGUAAAACAGGGAGAUGUUGUGAUGACGUGGUAUUUCAAUGACACUCGUAUAGCUGAAAUGAAGGAAGAUCCCAGUAAGAGCUGUACAGAUGUGACGUGUGAUGAAGGUGCUGAGAGAUUCAGAGACAGACUGAAGAUUGACCAUCAGACUGGAGAUCUCACUAUCACAAACAGCAGAACUACAGACUCUGGACUUUAUCAACUAGAGAUCAGCAGCAGUAUCAGCAGCAGCGUCAGCGUAAAGAGCUUCAGUGUUAAUGUCAGCGUAUCAGACAUAAAAACUCCAGAUUCAGGUCGGUCUUCUGGUGCUGUAGCAGGAAUAUGUGUUGCUGUUGUUCUGGUUGUCGCUGUAGUUGAUGCUGGUGUGAUUUACUAUCACUCAAAACAUGGAAUAAUUGAUAUGGAGAUGCGGCACAAUGUUCAGGAGGAUGAAAGAGAGAAUGAGACACAUUUGAUGAAUGUUGAAGGACAGGAGAGAGGACAGGAAGAGAGAGAGGAUGCAACUGAAUGACUCGACAACAGUUUGUGCAUCAGAUGCAUCAUAAAGUGUCAUUCAUUAAUGAUGAGUUACAUAAGUGGAGUGUGUGUAAGAAGGGGGCAUGAUGUGUGUUACAUAAGUGGAGUGUGUGUGUAAGAAGGGGGCGUGAUGUGUGUUACAUAAGUGGAGUGUGUGUAAGAAGGGGGCGUGAUGUGUGUUACAUAAGUGGAGUGUGUGUAAGAAGGGGGCAUGAUGGGGGUAUUUGUAAAUAUACUGUAGAUAUCGAUCGGGAAUUCCUGCUGCUGUUCCGGUAUAACGCUGCUCUGAUCGAGGAUCAGUUUCCCCAACUCAAAUCCAAACCUCACUUACUAUUGAGAAAGGGAAAUCUGACGCGAGAUCAGCGGCUGCAGUUGUAUUUAUCUUCCAUAUGAGUCAGCACUGAGAUGACUUGAUCAUAAACUCAUCAGAAUUGUGCCUUAAACUUGUGAAGAAGUCUUUCUACAAUGGAUUUUAUCUGAAUCUCCAAAUAUUCUCUUCUGCGUGGUGUUUCAGUUUGGACCGUAUAUAUUUGUGCUGUUUUGUUCAUUUAAAGUGGUUCAACAGUUUAAUUUUGCUGCUGUUGGAAAGACUUGAUGCUUAAUAGACAAAUUAUUCAGUUUUACUGACAUGAAACAAAAAACACAAACUCACUUUCUCUAGUCUUGAGUUGAUUAAUUCAGAAUACUGAAACUUUCUGAACAGUGAUGAAUGUGUUUCAUCAGAUCAUCUGAAGCGCUUCUCAAACAUUUCAGUUCCAACAUUUGAUCAAAUAAGAAGCAAAUAAAUGUUCCCUUUAAUCUUUUAUUUCACUAAAGCAACACACACGUGCCACAAUGAGUAAAAUCAAUGUGCCUGAAGUUAAUAUAAAAAUACAAUCAAAACCCUCAUCUAUGCAUGUCAUUAUAUUAAUGAUAUUUAUACUGUAGUUAAUAUAAAAAGACAACCAAAACCCUCAUCUAUGCAUGUCAUUAUAUUAAUAACAAAAUAAUUAAUUACACAUAAAAGAUAAAUUAGUUUGAGCAAUUUUAUGAAAACUGAAUCUAGUGUUUCAGAGUCGAGCAGGCCAGUUUAAAUCUGCACAUGAGAUAUCAGCACUCCACAUUCCUGAAGCAAUAAUGUACACUCACCUAAAGGAUUAUUAGGAACACCUGUUCAAUUUCUCAUUAAUGCAAUUAUCUAAUCAACCAAUCACAUGGCAGUUGCUUCAAUGCAUUUAGGGGUGUGGUCCUGGUCAAGACAAUCUCCUGAACUCCAAACUGAAUGUCAGAAUGGGAAAGAAAGGUGAUUUAAGCAAUUUUGAGCAUGGCAUGGUUGGUGGUGCCAGACGGGCCGGUCUGAGUAUUUCACAAUCUGCUCAGUUACUUGGAUUUUCACGCACAACCAUUUCUAGGGUUUACAAAGAAUGGUGUGAAAAGGGAAAAACAUCCAGUAUGCGGCAGUCCUAUGGGCAAAAAUGCCUUGUUGAUGCUAGAGGUCAGAGGAGAAUGGGCCGACUGAUUCAAGCUGAUAGAAGAGCAACUUUGCCUGAAAUAACCACUCGUUACAACCGAGGUAUGCAGCAAAGCAUUUGUGAAGCCACAACACGCACAACCUUGAGGCGGAUGGGCUACAACAGCA